AUGGCCGCCCACCGCAUCGGCGCGCGCGUCGCGGGCCUCUCGCCAGAGCAGCUGUGCGCUAUCAUCGAGGCGCAGGCGGGCGCGAGCGACGCCGCGCUGCGCGUGGCGGACGAGCACGCCACACGGCUCGUGGAGCAGCCCGAAUGGAUCCUCUCCGAGGUCCUCCUCUCGCCGGACCUCGUGCCGCACAUCCUCGCCCAGCUGCCGACCGAGUCGCACGCCGCCAAGGGCACCUGCCGCGCGUGGUGCCGCGGCUGGAAGGAGACGCUCCUCAGUUUCGAGUUCCGCGCUAUCAUCUAA